GUGGCUCUAGAUUAUAUUGGGAAAAGAGGUGCGACAGUUGGUGUACCCAGAGACAAGAGGAUAAGGUAUGCGAGAGAUAUCCUUCCAAAGGAAAUGCUUCCACAUGUUGGUACUGGGGAGUUUUGUGAGACCAAGAAAGCAUACUAUUUUGGAUACAUCAUUCACAGGCUUCUAUUGUGUGCACUUGGUCGGAGGACAGAAGAUGAUAGGGAUCAUUAUUUCAACAAGAGGCUGGAUCUUGCUGGCCCCUUGCUCGGAAGCUUGUUUAGAUCGCUAUUCAGGAAGUUGACAAAGGCUGUCAAAGGUUAUGUGCAGAAGUGUGUUGAUAAUGGAAAGGACGUUAACCUGCAAUUUGCGAUUAAAGCAAAAGCCAUUACUAGUGGUCUCAAAUAUUCACUUGCUACUUGGAACUGGAGGCAAGCAAAUGCAGCUGGGACAAGAGCUGGAGUGUCGCAGGUAAUUUUGUUAAAUCGUUUGACAUAUGCAUCCACAUCGUCACAUUUUCGAAGGCUGAAUUCUCCCAUAGGGCGUGAAGCUUUCUUUUAUCAGGGAAAAUUGGCCAAACCUAGGCAGUUGCAUAAUUCACAGUGGGGAAUGAUGUGUCCCGCUGAGACACCUGAAGGGCAGGCAUGCGGACUUGUAAAGAACCUGGCGUUAAUGGUGUACAUUACAGUGGGGUCAGCUGCAUAUCCAAUCUUAGAGUUUUUAGAAGAAUGGGUUACAGAAAAUUUUGAGGAAAUUUCCCCUGCCGUUAUUCCCAAAGCCACAAAGAUUUUUGUUAAUGGCUGCUGGGUUGGCAUACAUCGUGAUCCUGAAAUGUUGGUGAGAACAUUGAAGAAACUAAGGCGGCGGGUGAGUAUAGUAUAUAUUCUGUUUUUCUUUGGUUAG